AGAAAAAAAAAAAAAAAAAAGCUGGCUUGAGUCAGAAGUUAAAUCACGGAAAAGAUAUGCGUAGCUGGUUAAUCUAGAGCAAGCCUUGAGAGGAGGAUCUGAAAGAAAGAAGCAGAGCAUUUCCUGAGAUAAUUUAGUCUUUUGUUCUCUGUCUCGAAGCGAUAUGGAGUCGGCCAUUUCUACAUUGGUGACCACGUUUGCUAAAUGUUCCAAGGGGAAGGAGAACCUAGACAGCAAAUCCUUCCAGAAACUGUUGGAGAAAAACCUCGGUGGUGUCAUGGAAGAUACAAACAACACCUCUGCGGUUAAGGAGAUGUUGAAGGGACUGGAUGACAACAGUGAUGGAAAGGUCAGCUUUGAGGAAUACCUUAAUCUGAUAGGUUACGUGGCUAACUCCAUGAGUCAGCGCAAGACUGGGUGCAAUCCAGACGCAUCGUAAAUACCCGGGAAACUGCGCUGCUCGGAAAGAAUCUUCAAUUAGCCUUCCUUUUUUUUUUUCUUUUGAGCUUUGUCAUUGUCAUUUUUUUCGUUUCCAAACAUUCCACUCAUCAUGUAUACAUUUUUACACCAGUCCAUAAUUAAUUAACCAGCUGUUCUAGAUCUUAAUGUCUGUUCAGGUCAACCUUUAUGUAGUAACACUGUCACUGAAGGACUUUGAGCUGGUCUUAUUUUUUUUUUAUACCAAUUCUACAUUUUAUACCAAUAUUCUCAAAAUAAAAGCUUUAUAUUAAAAUUG